AUGAACAAGGAAAGUGACCAAGCAAAAAAGUGGCACAUUGGAUCCAUAAAGAGUUUCCUUGUUUUAUGCGUGUUGUUUGCUUUGCUUAUCCUGUACUGGGAUUCCCAAAUUAAAACCGAAUUUGUCCCUUUGACUCAUUUGAGCAAGACUAGGAAUGUGACAAUCCUUAUCUGGUACUGGCCCUUCGGCAGCACAUUUUCUCUAAAGGGUGAUGUAUGCUGGGAUCUGUACAAAAUACCUAACUGUAAACUGGUGGACCAGCGCUCCUUGUUCCCCUCAGCUGACGUCGUUGUGUUCCACAACAGAGAACUGAUAGCUGGUACCCAGAGACUUCCCACCGAGCUCCAGCGGCCGGGGGGUCAGAGGUGGGCCUGGAUGUCUCUGGAAUCUCCUGCUCACAACGGCAACCUGCACAAGUUUGCAAAUAUCUUCAAUUUGACAGUAUCCUAUAGGAGGGAUGCUGAUGUGCACACGCCAUAUGGUGAACUGCUUCCUUUGGAGUCUGAAGGUAACCUGGUGAAUGACAGUCACAUAAAUAAGACCUCUUUGGUCUGUUGGGUGGUCAGCAACUACAUGAACCACCACAAAAGGACACAAGUGUAUAGAGAGCUCAGCGCCACAGUUCCUGUAAACGUUUAUGGCAGCUGGAAUAAAAAGCUCCUCUCCUCUGCAGACCUCUUACCAACAAUCUCUCGCUGCUACUUUUAUUUGGCUUUUGAGAACUCACAGGCAAAGGAUUAUAUCACGGAGAAGCUUUGGUAUAAUGCUUACCAAGGAGGAGCUGUACCUGUUGUACUGGGACCCCCCAUAAGUGACUACAAAGCGGUGGCUCCAGAUCAUUCUUUCAUCCAUGUCGAUGAGUUUCCAUCGGUGCAAGAACUAGGAAAGCACCUUCAAAGACUUGCAAAGGACAGAAAGCAAUAUGAGGAAUAUUUUACGUGGAAACGAAACCAACGAGUUAAAGUCCAUGGAGACUGGAGGGAAAUGCUUUGCAAGAUUUGUUUACAGUACAACAGUUUACCUCAGCAUAAAGUUUACUCAGAUCUAGAGGCCUGGGACAAGACAAGUUAUACUAGAAAAUAA